CUGGCUCUGGCCUAGCCCCCUCGGGAAAGAUGGCGGCCGCAGCGGAACGUCCUCCCGCGGAGGCCGCCAAGCCUUUGCUGGGGCUCCUGAACGGCAUCGCCCAAGCCACCUACUACGGCAACGCGGAGAUCACGGAGGAGCUGCUGCGGGACCAGCUCUACCCGGAAACGGCGCCGCAGGAAUUCCGAGCCUUGCUGGCCAAGACGACGGGGGUCGUCAAGUCGAUAGCUUCGGCUGACAUGGAUUUAAAUCAGCUAGAGGCUUUUUUGACUGCCCAGACAAAGAAACCAGGAGGCAUCACAACUGAGCAAGCUGCAGUUAUUGCCAAAUUUUGGAAAAGCCACCGAGUGAAAAUUCGAGACAGCCUUAUAAAUCAAAGCAAGUGGGAAAACAGCUUGAAAAACAUCAGCUGGAGAGUGGAUUUAAAGUCUCAGUCAAGACACGCUGACCAGUUAAACAACCCUGUGGCAAUAGUUGAAAUGGAACUGGGGAAGCAUGGGCAGGAAUCUGAAUUUUUGACUUUGGAAUUUGAUGAGAUCAAAUUGAAUCAAAUGAUGAGGAAGCUUUCGGAGAUUGAAGACAGCAUUACUUCUCUGACUCAAUCAAACUAGCUUUUGAGUUAAAACUGUGUAUGGCACAAAAUAUGUUUUAAUUCCUGUUAAUUCCUUUGGUCAUCAUGCUUGUUGUGAAAUAUUUUAGUUCAUUCUUGUGUCAUGUGAGAAUUGAAAUAAAGAUGACAAAAAAGUAACUCAGGAAAAACAUG